CAAGGGUGUGUGCUCGGAGUCCGGGGAGGCAUGGCAUAACCGCGGGUGCUUGAUGUGCACCGACUUUGGGCUGUAUCAUGAGGCACCGUGGCACCCACCCCUUUCGCUCUCGCCGUUGGUGGUGUGUGUGCCAGGCCAAACGCGCAAAGUACAUACGCAACGAUCAUUACUCACUGCACGAAGUACUGCAUCCCGGAGAUCAUCGAGGCGGGAGGCGGCCAAGGUCUAGUAGUGGCUGCUCUGCCAGCCAGCUUUGUCGGUCAGUGAGGUGGAGUCAAUACCUACCGGCAUCUCGCCCUAGCCAAGUACUUGAGGCAGAUGUAGACGGUGGAAGAGGCCCUGGUGGGCGGGAGGACGAACCGACCGGCCCUGUCGAUGCCAGCUUCGGGCCUCGACCGACCACCACCACCACCACCACCUCCUCCUCCUCCUCCUCCUCUUCUUUACUCCUCUUCCUCGACCCAACUGGCCGGUUACCGCCAUAUCGCUUCUUCCGGGGAGCGCCUUCCUACUUUUCGCAUUGCGUCCCCGACCAUCUUCCUCAUUCUUCGACUUUGCUACUAAUCGCCUUCCCAUCGCAGCAGCGUUCAGCAGGCCUUCUUCCCACCAAGGUAGCUGUCGUUGCCAAACUCCCGUCCCCACCAUUGGGCAGUUCCCUCGUCUCCCACGGCUCGCCUCACGACCCUCGUCGCCGUAGCCGGCUCGGCGUCAAAUAGACACUCGCGUCGUCAUCUCUCGACCCAGACCUUGCCUUUACCUUUCGUGACGGCUGACGAAUCUCGUUUCAAACGACACUGAUCCCACGACGGCCCCGACCCCCAGCCAGUGUCGGACCCGGUCCACCGACUACUGCUGCCGCCGCCGUUCUGACGUCUUGCCGCCCCAUUCUAUCGUAGUGCGGUGCCACGACUUCUGGCGGUCUUUUCCACGACUUCUUGCUUUACCUGCAUCGCCGUCACACCAACAGCCGCCGACUGUCCGCCCCUCAUCAGCUCCGUGCAAGCUGCCUUGGCUGGGCGGUUCGACGCCAUCAUGAGCGACCCGACCUCGCACUCCCAGACCACCGAGCCACUCUCACAACACCCGCUCUCCUCCUCUUCCACCCCAGCCUCGCUCGCAACCCCGAACCCUAUCCCUCAAAUGUCCUCCCCGGCGCCAAUACUCCGCCCUGCCAUUCCCGGCACGAGGGGCGGCGGUGGACGGCCGCCCAGGCUAGGCCUCGCCAUCCCUCCCUCCCCGAACGUUAAGCCCGUCGGUAACCAGCCUGGGCAGCAGGCUGCCCCUCGGCCGCCGCUCCCGACGUUACAUCUAGCGACGCCCAUGGGCAGUCAAAUAACUCCAUAUGAACAACCCCCUAGAUCCCAAGGAACUCAGCCGGGUCACUCGGCAGACGGUGGAAGCGAGAGUAGUGCAGCCCACUCGAGGUCGGGAAGCUUCGGCCCCCUUGAUGGGAGGGCGAGCAACCCGACGUCAGCUGGGUCCCAGUACUCGGCACUGUCGUUUGCAUCCCAGUAUGGCAUCCCAGUCACGAGAGCACAAGGGACCCCGGAUCCUGUAUCCGCAGUGGGUUCAAUGUACUCGGAGAGAAGUGAAGGCGGCGUGGCCAUGGAGCGGGAUGGCAGCCUGCAAGGGCUGGAGGCUUUCGACCAGCUGAGCCUCGACCGGGCGAGAAACGCAGACGUCGAGGAGCUUGACGAUGAAGGAUGGAGGAUUGCGAGCAUGGAGAAGCGCAUCGUCGAAUUAGGAAAUCUGGGUGAGGGAGCGGGCGGUGCCGUCACCAAGUGCAUGCUCAACGGCGGAAAGACUGUCUUUGCCUUGAAGGUCAUCACUACGAACCCCGACCCAGACGUCAAGAAGCAAAUUGUUCGAGAGCUCGGCUUCAACAAGGAGUGUGCCUCGGAACACAUCUGCCGCUACUACGGAGCCUUUGUCGAUCCCUCUACUGCCACCAUAUCCAUCGCCAUGGAGUUUUGCGAGGGUGGGUCCCUGGACAGCAUCUACAAGGAAGUCAAGCGACUGGGUGGCCGGACAGGCGAAAAGGUUCUUGGCAAGAUCGCCGAGGGCGUCCUCAGCGGACUUACGUACCUCCACACGCGCCGCAUCAUCCACAGAGACAUCAAACCGUCCAACAUACUCCUCUGCCGGGACGGUGCUGUCAAGCUGUGCGAUUUCGGUGUAUCGGGCGAUUUCGGCACCAAGGGCGAGGCAAACACCUUCAUCGGCACCAGCUAUUACAUGGCGCCGGAACGUAUUACUGGCCAGUCCUACACCAUUACCUCUGAUGUAUGGUCCACCGGCGUCACACUGCUCGAGGUAGCGCAGCAUCGCUUCCCGUUCCCGGCUGAUGGAACGGAGAUGCAGCCUCGCGCCGGGCUCAUCGACCUCUUGACGUACAUUGUGCGUCAGCCCGUACCGAAACUGAAGGAUGAGCCCGAUAUGGAUGUGUACUGGAGCGACAACUUCAAAUAUUUCAUUGAGUGCUGGUAAGAUGCUUGUCCGCCGGUAUGCGAUCUUCCUUGCUAACAGACCCGCCUCAGCUUGGAGAAGCAGCCUCAUCGCAGAGCGAGCCCGUGGAAGAUGAUGGAGCAUCCAUGGAUGGUCGACAUGCGGGCAAAACGGGUCAACAUGGUCAAAUACCUGUCUUUCGUAUGGGGUUGGGACGAGACGCCUGCGGGAACGUGAUUGACCUGUUGGGGGGGGGGGGGGUCUCAUUGCAUGCCAUAGCAGCAACGGAACAAGGCGAGGCGCGUGCUGGCCACCGAUUAAACGGUCGAAUAGCAGCAUGGUACGGUCGCACUCUAUGUAAUGGCUAGACGAGCCAAGUGCAGAAGAAGGGAUAAGGUUGGCCGAGGUCGGUGCUGAAGAUAACGACUCGACUAAAUGGAAGGCCGGGGCGAGAAGUGGCCAUACGUCAUGUCCAUGUUCUUAAUUGACACGCAGCAUGCAGUUGCGUCGCAAAGGAUGAGUGCUACAGCAUCCCAGGAAAGUGCUGGGCUGAAUCGGAGUUUGUGAAGGGUCAUGCGUGCAAGGAACACAUGGUGCCUGUGCCUUUCUUUUCUAGGGCUUUCUCUUUCUCGUAUUACGAAGCUUAUAGCGUAUAGGAUUGGGCAUCAAAUGGUUGAGCUUGCUGAGGUCUAGUGGGGAC